CUGGCGCUGGACAGACGCGGACUUGCCUAGUUAUAUUUUUUUGUUGACAUCGGAAAUCUGUCGACCCUCACCUUGGCAAAUUCAAAGCGGACGACUCUCCCAAGAUGUAUCUGUUCAUCCUUCUCUCGAUCUGCCUCGCUGGAGUAAUAGCACAAGGCGCCGACCAAGUAACACUGUCGGCGUCGAUCAAGAGCCGAGCGGACUACAGUCUUCUUCCAAAGUGCGUGAACCAAUGCCUCUGGGAUAUUGGAGAUAACGACACGAACGAUAUUGGCGGCGAUCUCGCGAUCCAUCUUAGCUGCGGAUCGCCAUGGAUCAACGGCUGUUACUGUCGUGGAGCAUCCGCUGCGACGGCCUUUUCUUUCAUCACGUCUUGUGCUAGCUAUCUGUGCACUACGCCGAAGGCUUCGGAUAUCAACAGCGCAGUUGGUGUCUAUACAGGUUACUGUAGCAGUGCGCUUGGCGAUGCCUACAAGCCAGAGGCAAUUCCGCAAUCGAUGCCCGAGGAUGGCCAGUCUACAGCAGCAGGAGCGGCUCCCACAACCGUCGCUGGAGGGGUAUCACCUGCAGCCGGCUCGACGAGCUCAAUUCCUGCUCAAACGGGCAGCAAAUCUCCGUCAUCGACAUCAGGAUCUGGAAAUCCAUCUACACCCAAAGACAAAGACGAUGGGAAGAUCGCGGGUCUGAGUAAAGGUGCCUUCAUAGGCGUGGUGAUCUCAGCUUCGUGCUCCGUCUUGGGCUUAUUGUUUGGUGUUGGGUUCAAGGUGUAUAAGCACAAGAAGCAGGGUCGCUUGCAACAACGACAGACGGUGACCGAGCUCAACUAUGGAACGAAAGCUUAA